AUGGCUCAAUUAAGUUGUAGCCAAAAUGCAGACCUGCCAAAUGGAGCCAUUGCCCACAGCCCACAAGGUUUGUGUUCAGACCUGGAUACACUCAGAAUCAAAGACGACGCAGAGGAGGAAGAAGAUGAUGAUGAUGAGGUGGAGCUGGCAGAGGAGGUUGGGGAAGAUGUUUUGAUGGUUGCUGAAGCAGAACAAACUGGAGAUGAAAGUAAAGAAGACGAUGAUUGGCAGAAAGGAGAGAUUACACAUGUGACCCUGUUAUCAGAAAUAGGGGAGGGGGAGGAUGAAUGUGAAGUACUGGAAGAAGAGGGGGAUGGAGAAAUGGGAGAUGGACAUCAAGAAAUAACAACCACACUGACAACAGACAAAGAAUCUGAAGAUACAAAGAUGGCUGAAAAUCUGUCUCUUUCUCCUCUAUUGGUUGUGGUUGAACGAGGGAAACGGCAAAUAUUAAACAGCAAUGGAGAUGAUGAAAAAGACGAGGAAACUGAAGAAAACAAACAAGGUGGAGAAACAGCAAGCGCAGGAACAGAUGUAAGGCAGGAAAACGUGGACGGAGGCUCCGACGAUCACGCGUCCUGUCUUCAGGACAGAGGUACUUCUGUGUGGGAGUCAAGAACUGGUUCCAAUACCUGUACUGGUGACCAAGGCGAAACAGAAGCUGCUGCUUUGCCCACUGCUGGCAACGUAACAGAGGUUAAUCUGAACAUAGAGGUGGAUCCUUUUUCUUCUGGAAUAAAUGAACAGGCCAGCAUCCAAGCUUCAGCUCUGGGCUCUGAUCACAUACCAGUCGAUAGAGUUGUUACAGCUGAAGAGGCCAAUCAAACCUACCAGUUAGAUACUGAGAGUCCAAAUGAAAUAAAAAACAAUGAUGGAGAAGAUCCCUCAGAAUCCAUGAAACAGGAGGUUGUUAUUGAUAAUCUUACAUGGCAAUGCCAGGAAGUCCAGGAGUGUGUAAAUCAUGGCUACGAGUUCCCCGUGAGAGCAGGAACCAAUCAAACGGCACAAGAACCAGAGCUGACGGCCCUAACUUCUGAAGAACAGCCACAGUCAGAUGGAGACACUAAAGCUAAAAGGAUUGAAGACGUCACCCAGAAGGAGCAAGCAGAAGAGCAAGUUAACAACCUGGCAGAGAUGGACGGGGGAGGAAAGAGUUCAGAAAUGGACGAGACGAUAGCCAAUAAUGUUGCUGGAGAGUUAAUGGGCCAAGAAGAGCACAGAACAAGAGAUGAUCUAGAAAUGCAAGAAGAAGUCCAAGCUAUAGCAGCUCCUCCAGAACCAGUGGGCCAGACUGGAGAAGAGGUACAUACAGACACAAAGGACCAGGUGGAGGAAGCUUCUCUAUCUGAGAAAGGCAUCGAGGUGAAGCUUGACGGGACAGAAGGAGAGGACAAAUCUGAGGAAAACGAAUCCACAACAGAAGGAGGAAGUGCUUUACAAGAGCAUCCUUUGCAGCUCCUGAAAGAAGCCGACACAGUUUGGAGAAACAACACAAAAGAACAUCCACAGACAGAGAUGCUUGUAGAGUUUGAGACUGGAGGAGGAGCAGAAGAAGAGUCAAUGGAAGGAGAAGUGGAGAUGGCAGAAGAGCCGGUCACCGUUCUUGAUGAUGAGACUGAAACGAUGGAGGAGACGCCCAGUGAAAAAUCAGAAGAAGUACAUCCUUUCACCAUUAUGAGCGGUUCUGAUGAUGCCAUAGAGAAGAUAACAGAUGAAGAUCAUCAAGUGCUGCCAGGAGACGAGGCCAUGCUGGGUAAAGAGGACAUGGAGACACAGGACGUGAAGCUGAAAGUGCACAACAGUGAGGCAGAUCUAAAUGAGAGCAUUAAAACACUGGAGCAAACCAUGGAGAAUGGGUUCUUGUGUCCUGAGCCACAAGGUCUUAGGAAAGACGAACUGGGGAAAGUAAAAGUGCUGUCACCCAGGAGAAAAGAUAGCGACUGGAUUAAAACAGAUCAGCCAGAAGAAGAGAAGACUGCUGCUGAAAGGAAGGACUGGAGUAAAGAGCGGCGGCACAUCAAAAAAGAGUUGUGGGAGAAUGAGUGGGGAAGGAAAGAGUGGGUGGAUAAAGAAACGUCAGCAGAAAAGAUCCGUUCACCGAGGAAGGCGGAUUGGAUAAAUGAGCUGAAGUCAGUCAUCAAAGACGAAUCCCUGCCCAAAAAGAAAGACGAGCAGGUGAAGAAAAAGAGAGUGGUGCUGCUGGAACAUGGCUGCUCAUACGUCCCUCAGCGGGAGGCGAUGACGGCAGAGGCGAGGGAAGAGAUCAAGGUGACGUCCGACAGGAGAGCGGACAGUCCUGUGGUCCCUGUGGACAGCAAAACACUGGACAACCAACCCUAUGAAAUCGCCCUGUAUGUCAAGGCAGGAAGUGAUGGGCAGAGCAUCGGAAACUGUCCUUUCUCUCAGAGACUCUUCAUGAUCCUGUGGCUAAAAGGAGUCAUUUUUAAUGUCACCACAGUCGACCUGAAGCGGAAGCCGGCUGACCUCCACAACCUCGCUCCAGGGACCAACCCUCCUUUUGUGACCUUUAAUGGUGAAGUCAAGGUUGAUGUCAACAAGAUAGAAGAGUUCUUGGAGGAGAAACUAACUCCACCCCGAUAUCCCAGACUGGCCCCCAAACAUCCUGAAGCUAACACAGCUGGCAUCGACAUCUUUGCCAAAUUCUCAGCGUACAUCAAAAACACAAGAAAAGACACAACAGCUGCCUUACAGAAAGCUUUGCUGAAGUCUCUUCAGCGCCUUGAUGACUUCCUCAGGACUCCCCUGUCUGAAGAGAUCGAUGCUGAUGUCUUAGGAGAUGUGCCAGAGUCAACCAGGAGCUUC